AUGUUCCUUGCACGAUUAGAAAAAGGCUGCCAAUUAUUUGGUACGUGUAUUCAGAAUAACUUAAAACACUAUCUGAUCGUAUGCACCAGCAAGAAUAUAACUGCUCUCCGAUGCAACGCUGAUUCACGUCAAGGUAUUAGCAACAUUUCAAAGCUUCCGAAUGCAUUUACAAGCACUCAAACAGUAUCGUUGAUGGAAGAAAUAACAGCUAUUUCUGUAGUUGAAGGUGCUUUUGAUGGAAAUACCUGGCACGUAGCAGCAUUAACACGAAGUAUUAUUGCAAUAGUUAAUCUCAUAACUGUCACACUUAAUUAUCCUGAAUGGAAUCUGCCAAAAUGUCUAGUCAUCUUUCCAUUCAGUAACUAUGAUAGUCAAACACAAGAAACUUUACUCUGUCAUCAAAAUAUAUCCGUGACAACCGGAAUAACGCCUGAUGAACCAGUCAGCGUGGAAGAAACGUUUCGGUCAUGUCCACUAAAUGCUUUUGGCAAGAAUACCUCAAUUACCUUCAAUUUUCCACAUCGCUCUUAA